AUGCCCGAGGGAAUCGGGAGGCCUGAUCUGGUCGAUUGCGGAAACGAUAAUACCAGCGCUCACUUUGCUAUUUGCCAUGCAUUUUUUCGCUAUCGGAAACAACUGCGCUUUGGGUUCGAGGGGUUCCCAGGUUUAAGAGCGAGGAUUUCCUGCACAUUGCCCCCUUUGUGUCUGUGCGAGCCUCUCUCGCUCUCUCUGUCCGAACGGCUCCGGGGUCCGCCCCCCAGGAAUGGAGGUGAGCUGCUUCCUGUGCUAAGCAGCUAUGGGCCGUAUUACCGAAAAAAGUGUCAAAUCCUAACUGCUCUAAGUGGUAGCACCAGUCUGAAGGAGCUGCACGAAACUUCUUUUCACGGAUUUCUACUAGGGGCCUCCGAACGCGUCACGUCAGCAUCAAGGCCUCAGUUUCCCCGGCGACGAGGCACUCAAAGCCUUCGCGCGCGGAGGGGUCUCAGCAAGUGUCACUGGAGAAGUUUUUUAAAAAGAGAAGAGGCAUGUAGCGCGUCUGAAAGGCCAACUCGAGCGGCGUGCAUUGUGUGGGAAGUAGGACCAGCCGGCUGCAAAAUCUCUGCUCGAGCUGAGGCCUGGCGAGUACUUACACUACGUCCUGUGUGGGUUUUCAUGCCAUCCGAGGUACAACACGCUCUGAGGGUAGGGGCGCAGACAGCUGUCUACGCAUCCGGAGCUGCGGGAGAGGAGGGCCCCCUAAACAAAGGACUCCCUUCGGAUAAGGAGCUCAACUUGGUCGAUUUGGACUCGAACAAAUGGCUAGCAAGGCAGCUGCACGAAUAUGUCCAGGGCAAGGAGGCGGAGAAACGGCGGGAAGCUUAUCUGCUGCCGCGGAGGAAGCGACUUCCCCUGCAGAACUUCCACGAGGGAUCAACCGUGAUAGGCAAGGUCAUAUCCGUUUUCCCUUUUGGCUGUCGCGUUGACGUGGGGUGUCUGGACACCCUGGGGCUGCUGCACGUGAGGGAUAUGCACUUCGUGCCGGGGGCCCUUAAGGCGGGUGCCGCCUAUCUUCAGAGCGCAGGCAACAUUGUCUCCGAUGAGUUGGCGGCGUCCGAAACUGCAGCGGCUAGUUCCCAGACUUCCAGGCGGCCUUUGACCUCAUCUGACGCUACUGAGGGCUGGAUUGAGCAUGCAGAAGAUGUCGUCAAAGUAGGCGAUCUUCUGUCUUUGCGGAUAAAGUCCAUCGACAGAGAAAACCGUCGCAUGAGACUAACCACAGUCCCCGCAGACACUGGGGGCAAGGAUACGCCUCCACGGAAAUUGGUCGAGUCCUACUGGGUGGGGCAAGAGGUGGAGGGAAUUGUGCUGCGGCGGAUGGACUUUGGCAUUUUUCUGGAUAUUGGAGCCGAAGAGGACGCCUUUCUGCACGCGAACGAACUCAACAGGGCGCAUUGCACCGAAGACGUUCAGCAGCUCUUCCAGCGCUUCAGAAGUACUCGCUCAAGCUCAAGGAGAUCUGCUUCCCCAGCUGCUCCUCCUCAUCCCUCCCCCUCUGCCACUGGAGGGGCCGCAGAGGCAUUGGAUUGUCGCGCAGGCGACAAACUAACGGGUUUACGGGUGCUGGAUAUCGAUUCUGUCCGGGGCAGGAUCCAGCUGACUACUCGCUGCGAAGAAGAGCUGCGCCGACUCCAGCAGUGGAAAAGAAAGCACUUGGGAUUGCAGGAGGAAGCGCAUGAAGAGUCUGAGGAGGAAAAGUAUGCGAAGAUCCGCACGGCCCUAAAGUUGCUGGAGCGUCAGCGGAAGAAGCAGAGCGCGAUGAGCGGUAUGGGGCCUCGUACCUUUGGACACCUCACAUGCGCAGUCACCAUUUCGGGGCCUAGGGAAAAACCACGAACCCCCCCCAAGGGGUGGGUGGGCCGGCUAUUUCCUGAAUAUUCUGAGGAAGACAUUGAAGAGGCUUUGUCUCUCUUGGAGGCGGAAAGACGUCGUAAAGAGCUCCUGCUACUUCAAGAAGCGGAGCGCAAGGCUCGCAAACGGCAUCCCCGGUUCCUGCGUCGGUCCGCCGACGACCUAACAGCCAAAGAGGCCUGGCAGCUGCUGCGAAAGGAGGAGCCGGGGAUCGUAUCAGAGGAGACGCUCAGAGAAGACGCACGGAGACAUGCGAUCCGCGCAGGCCUCCUCACUGCACAAGUACCUGUCUUCGACGCAGACGGGCUGCCACGGCUGCAACAAGUGCCCCUAAAAGAUCUGAAGCCGUCGACCACGGUAGCCUCUUCCCCCUCAGCUUGUCCAGCAGCCCAUGCAGCAGCCGCUCUGGCCUCUACACCCGACGAAGGAAACGGGGAAUCACGCGCAGAGCCCGCAGCAACUGCCUCCUCGACUGUUCAGUCCGCUUCUCAAAAGGAGUGCUCGGAGAUGAUAGGGGAUACUGUUGAUGACUUGGAGAUUCCCUCUGAGAAGCUGCUUGAAGAACUGUCCGCCUAUGAGGCUAAGCAGUCGCCGAGCCGGUCGGAAGAGGGAGCUUCCGUCUUCCCAGGCAGUGACUCCCUGAAGGGCGAAGCCGAUGGGCAGGGCGGUGCCAUCGUCGGACAAAGAAGAGGCUUGGGAAGUAGCGACACCAAAGAUCCCAUAAAUGAUAUCACGGCCGCCGAGCUUGAAUCCUUCUUUGCGAAAACGGAGGCAGAUCUCCUUGCGUCUCUGAAGAAGGGCCGCAUGCGGAAGGAUAGUGUAUCGGCGGCUGCCCAGAGGGAGGAGGUGCAGGAGCUUAUUCGGAGGGAUCGUGAGGAGGCCCUUAAGGCUCUGGCAGGAGGGCGCAAGGAUGCUCCAGCGCACAGAGCAGAUGCUGGUGACUCCUUAACACCGUUGCUUGAUGACGAGCCGGAGACGCCCCUUGGGGAUGUUUCGCAGUCUGAGGUUCUUCAGACGCUCAAGGAAAGGCUCCAGGAAGAACCAGAACUAGAAAAGGAGCUAGAACGUUGUGGAGAGACACUGGAAGGGAUGGCCUCAAAAGUCCAGGCUAUUCUGCGUCACGUCACGGUGCCAUCCGCCGGCCCUUCUUUGCUCGGUCUACAGGAUGCGCCCAAUGACGAAGAGGACGGAGGUGAGGGGUUCGUAUCUCCUCUCUUUAAGCUGACAGAAGAUUCCCCAGAGCAUGCCAUUAACAUGAGCGAAGGAAUGCAGGGAGAAGAAGAAGACGCGAGCCGCAACUUCGCGGACUUGUUGACAGAUCUUAACUCUCAGCCUCACGGGCAUCUGCCCCGUUCAGCACCUCCAGGCAGACGGCGUCGCCACCCUAAGGUAGCGAGGACAGGUCCCCUGGCGUCUCACCAGAAAGAUGAAGGGAGGAAAUCUGCGAAUUCUUCAGACGACUGGCCGUCAGAUGGAGUUAUCCCCUGUCCUAGCGAGAAGGAAUCGGAUGCUUUUUCUUCUGGUUGCUCCCGCGAGGAGAAGGACGCCUCCGCAAGUGCGAAAGGAGGUUUCACAAGCAAGCGCAGCUCAGAUCCAAAGGCUGACGUUGUACAUGCCCGACGAUGGCCUUCCGAUGAACUCGCAGAUCGCUGUGAGGAGGCAUUAAGAGAUUCGUCCUCAGACGGCAACAGAGCUCCCCACGCACUGCCUCCGCGGUCGAAAGGGACCAACGCGAAUUUACAGGCGGCCCUCUCUCGCGCGCGUCGGGAGGCAGCAGCAGCUGCUGCAGCAGCAAGGAUGCGGCGCAGCUCAGGGUCUAAUGGUCAAAAAUGCAAGCUCAAGGUGACCAGCGAUGCGCUCAAUCACAAAGAUCCCUUGGAUGCUCGCCAGCCGUUACCAAGUCUGCUGUUACCCGCUAGCUCCUUGACCUCCCGAACUGAGACAGAGCCAGAUACAAGGGAUAACCGCGGCAGCAAUGCAGCGGAUGCACCAUCCAAACGGAAGCAUCGUGGUAACCCUGAUAUUGUGGUACUGCCUGCAGACAGGGGAACCGGGGGCUUCCAUUCCGAUGGACCUGCAAUGCGCCCGGUGCGCUCUUUAGCCGAGCUUCGCAAGCUACAAAGACAGCAAGCGUUACAGAACUCUGUGGAGCAGACUAAGGCGCAACACCCAAAGAAAAAUCCGAGGCAAGCACAAGCCCAGAAAAAUAAGCCCGCGCAAUCAUUUCAUCGGCAAAUCCUGGACGGGGUGCGCCGCCUCCACCAGACCGACGGAGGCUACGGAGAGGAUCUAGGUGCUGCAACGGGCGAGCGCUCCGGUGCAAAGAGAGCGGUGGGAUUAGCCCCGCGCUGGUUUAAACUUCAAUCGUUUGUCGACACUUUCGUUGCUGCUUUAGCAGAAGUACGCAUUCGAUUGUUAGCUUAUGGAGUAUGCAAAAGGUAUAUCUCGGGUACUGCUUGUAGUUUUGGUUUUCUAAGCAAUAAAGUUUCUGCGGAUGCCUUGAGUAACUGGAUGCACUCCGCCGCGCCCUGCUUGCGCCUAAGAGUCUAA